CUUUAGUGGCAACUCUAGAGUUGGGGCCCUCUUCUCCCAGAAGGCAAGGCUGUCUAACCACAGGAAAGCAUGACACAUCCCCAACUGUCCCCUCCGGCCACAUUUGCCCUCCCAUUUAACACACCCUAGCCCGAUUGGCCCCCUCUUACCUCUGGGCCCCCAAGCCUCCCUCUCACCCCUUCCAGGAAGCCCUCUGGUGCUGAGGGCUCCAAGGGUGGGAGGCACAGAACCUGAGACAGAGCAAGUUCUCAGCCACCAGCUAAACCACUGAUGAUCUGACACCCCCGGGCCCUCCCCGACCACAUACUAGGGGGGACCAGGCCCAAAGAGGGGAGGGAGGACGUGGUCUUUGCAGUCCAGGAAGGGAGGAUGUGUGAAAGAGCUAGCUACCGGGAACUGCGCGAAACCUAAGCAGCUCGUCUGAAGGGGCUCAGACUCCUCGCUGCCCUGCUGCUGGCUGGCUCCUCUUGCUUGAGCUCUGAGGACCCGAGACCGGGUGCACAGCCGCCUCCUCUCGCAGAGACUCGGGAGUCUGGAUCAGCAGCCUCAUCACCCCCCAGGACCCACAAACCCAGCGCUGACCCCAUGGAGCCCUGCCGGUCCUUGGCCCUGCUCGCUGGCUCCCUGGGCCUGAUGUCCUCCCUGGUUGCUCUGAGCACCGACUUCUGGUUCGUGGCUAUGGGACCCACCUACUCAGCUCACUCAGGCCUCUGGCCAAGGGAGCACGGAGACUCUGUAGCAGGCUACAUCCACGUGACGCAGAGCUUUUGCAUUCUGGCUGCCCUGUGGGGCCUGGUGUCCGUGGGCUUCCUGGUCCUGUCCUGCAUCCCCUCACUGUCGGCCCCGGGCCGCGGCCCCCUUGUCGCAACCAUCACAGCCUUUGCUGCAGCCCUCUCCAUGACAGUGGCCAUGGCAGUGUACACCAGUGAGCGGUGGGGACAGCCUCCACACCCCCAGAUCCAGACCUUCUUCUCCUGGUCCUUCUACCUGGGCUGGGUCUCAGCAAUACUGCUGCUCUGUGCAGGUGACUGCCCUGCCCGCCACCCCGGGGAGCUUGGGAGGGUCCACCUGGAGGGAGCAGGACAGGGGCAACUACUAAACUCUCUCUGGCCACCCCAGGUUCCCUGAGCCUGGGUGCUCACUGUGGCACCCGCCAGCCGGGCUAUGAAACCUUGUGAGCGGAAGGCAAGAGUGGCACGAUGUUUUGAGCACUAUCUUCCGAAGGCCUUAUCAGAAGCCGUGGGAACGCCUGGUCCUGCCUCCAUCCCUCACUCCCAACCCUUGCCCAGGCCCUUCAUCUGUCUCUGCAUUCAUUCAACAAAAACUGUCUGGGAUUGUCUGGUUAUUCUGAGAUUAAUUCAGCCAAGACAUAAGCCAACUGCGCGCCAGCUCCAUGGUGGGUGACCCAGGAUGGUGAGAGCCCACCAGCCAGACCAGCUCACAGGGUGCUCCUGCUUGGGGAAGGGGACGGGACAGACCAAAAGCACAGUUAACACUGCCAGACAGCAGUCCCAGCCUGGGGAGGGCACCAAGAAAGACUGACCAUAUUGUAGAGGGCUGGAGAGACAUUUAGGUACUUCUGGAUGGCCAAGGGAAGUAAUAUCCAGGCAGAGGGGCCCAAAGAUGGAGCCAUGGAAAGGCCAAGAGUUUUGAGGGGACAGAGAACAGUGCUCUGUGGCCAGACUAUGGAAUAUGGGGGUGGCAGAAGACCAAAGUGGAGAAGCAGGUGGGGGCUGGGGCCGCGAAUGCCACGCUGGACUUUCUCCUGAGGAUGUUGGGAGUUAGGAGAAAACUGUGAGCAGGGGAGGGACAGUGUCAGCUGUGGGUGACAGAGUCUCUGGGGACAUGGAAAAAAGGUCAGAAGUUUAGGGAGGAACUUGGCAAAGCCACAGGUGGGAUAGGAUGAGGCCUGACCUGGGACCAGGGUCCGAGGUAGAAAGGAGGGAAUGAGGCAGAUAGGUUUGAGGCUCAGGAGGAACAGGACUUGGGGAUCCAAGGGCUUUGUGGGUGAGGGGCAGGGAGGGGGCAAGGACAGUGCCCAGGGGUCUGUCCUGAUGAACUGGGUGGGAUGGUGGGGCCAACCCCAGUGUGGUGGAAGACGCUAAUCUGACCUGAGAUGCGGAGGGUGUCAGGGUCCUGAGUGACAGUCAGAGCAGGUGAAGACUCGAGUCCCAGGCUCAGGAGAGAGUCUCUGGGGUGGACACGGAGUUUUGGUUGCUCUCCGAGCAUUAGGAGUCACUGAAGCCUCAGCAGCGAGGAGGCUCACCUGGCAAGAGGGUGCAGGAUGGAGCUUCAGGGGAAACGGGCAUUUAAGAGUGAAGGGGGCCGGGGCACGGUGGUUCACGCCUGUAAUCCUAGCACUCUGGGAGGCCAAGGUGGGAGGAUCGCUCAAAGUCAGGAGUUCAA